AUGCCUUGUGUCCCCGACACGGGUGAGAAUUGUGACAAGAAAGACAACGCCUACUUGGAGGAGAUCAAAGAGAUGGCAGCAGACAAGAUGAAGGAGGAGAAAACCAGGAUGCAAAAGGAGAUGGAGGACUUGGAGGCGGAAUACAAGGCAGCCAGUGACCUCUUUGAGAAGCAAAAGGAAGAAGCCAUGGCCACAAUGAAGAAGCAGGAAGAUCUGAAGAAGUCUUUGAGUAAGCUCAAGGACAAGACAAAUUACAAGAUCGCAAUUCUCAAGGCGAAAACCGGCGACAAGGCAGGGCAAUUUCCUACCGAUGUUGCGGUUUACGAUGCCGAGCAAGCCGCCCGGCACGAGGCUCUGGCCUUGCGUCUGCAGGAGCAGCAAGAGCGCGAGCAGGCGGAGGUGGAGAUGCUGAAGGCUGCUGUCGGCAGCGUCUUCUCCGUGCGGAAGCCCCGAGACGCCGUGGCCGGCACGGCGAGUGGCCUGAAGACCAUGGCCAGGGGCGUGGGCGUGGGCUUGGCGAGUUUGGUCGUCCAGCCCUACGUGGGGGCCAAGUGCGGAGGCAUCAAGGGCUUUGCCAAGGGCUGUGGCACUGGCUUGGCCACAUGCGUUGGGAGCACCGUGGCUGGAACUGUUGUGGGAAGUGGACAGAUCGUCCGCGGCGUCGUGAACACGCCGGGGGCCAUUCUGCGCACGGCUCGUGGAGAGGUGUGGAAUUCAGAUGCUCGCAAGUGGGAGAAGGAUUGGUACUCGUUGCCUGAGGAAGCUGCGGAAGUCCUGUGCGAGGAUUGCGAGGAGGCGGGUGGCGAAAGCCGUGCCCGUUCAUCCGGCUCGACUUCCAGGAAGGUCCAGCACACAGAGCUGUACAACGUCUUAGGCGUGCGGCCUGAGGCAUCGGAGGCGGACAUACGCCGAGCCUUCUACAAGAAGUCGUUAGCUCUCCACCCGGACAAGAAUCCGGACAACCCAGAAGCCACGAAGCAGUUUCAGGAAGUCAGCGACGCUUACCGGAUCCUUGGCGACGAGGAACGGAGGUUUUCUCUCGGUGCUUUGGUGUCCCGGUGUCGUCCCGGUGUUUCGGUGUCCUGCAGUCUUAGUUUCUGCACUCCUGAUGUUCGCAUGUCUCGGUCUCGGCGCUCUGUCCAAGCUUUUUCAUGGCGUCGUGGCAUCUCCAUGUCUUGUACCCCGAGCGGUUCGUUCCGCAGGUGCAUAUCAUGCAGCUGCGUCUGUUCGUUACCCAGUCCCGUCAAAGGGAACUUUCCUCUUGUGUGGCAUUGUCUCUGCGCACAAUGUAUGUGUGUGUGGGAAAGGGUUCUGGAUCGAGCGUAG